GGAGCUGUUGAAGGUAUAUUAGAUCGUGCCAUCAUGUCCUCCGAGUCGCUUCCGUCGCAUGAAGAAGUCGCGCUUCGUGAGCAGCUCUUCCAUACCGCCGAGACCGCCAAGCGCCCGGCGCCCGAGUCGCCGACGCCGGUUCAGCGUCAAGCCGCAUGGGUCGAUGAAGACGACGACGACAUGGUCGUGAACCUCGAGGCGCGCCUCAAGAAGCUGCGCAAGACCGAGGACGAGACGCAGGUGUCGGGCGACGUCUACCAGGAGCGUCUCAAGAAGCAGUUCAAGUCGGGUCGCUCGGCUGCGUCGUGGGCCGAUCUCGAUGCGCUCGACAAGAAGAAGGCGGCGGCGCGUGGCGAGGACGACAGCGACGACGAAGAAGACCUCUUUGCCGGCGCCGGGAGCUUGCUCGGUACGGGCGGCGGCGACGUGCUCAGCCCGACGACGCUCGCGAUCUCGCGUAUGAAGGACGCCAACAAGCAAAGCCCGUCGAACGCGGUGGUGCAGUCGGUGCAAUUCCACGCCAACGGCCAGCUGCUCUUGACCGCCGGCCUCGACAAGACGCUGCGUCUCUUCCAGGUCGACGGCUCGGAGAACCCCAAGAUCGAGAGCAUCUUCCUCAAGGACAUGCCGAUCUCGUGUGCGCAGUUCUCGAACGAUGGCAAGCGCGUCGUCAUGACGGGUCCGCGGCCGCAGUUUUACGUCUACGACAUUGAAGGCGGUCACGUGAACCGCAUUCCGCGCGUGCGCAACCGCAAGGAGACCAAGUGGACGUCGUUCGUCUCGGGCCGCGAGCACAUUGCGAUGCUCGGCGACGAAGGCGUCAUCUCGCUCCUCUCGGAGCGGUCGCACGACUUCAUCGGCAGCCUCAAGAUGACGGGGUCGGCGCGCGCGGCCGCCUUUUGCGCCGACGACAACUACCUCAUGAGCACGGGCAGCGACGGCGACAUUUACAAGUGGGAUCUCCGCAUGCGCAAGUGCCUCUACCGCGUCAAGGACGAAGGUAGUCUCGGGAACGGCGCGAUCGCGGCCAGCGGCGACGGCAAGUUCGUCGCGGUCGGCGCCGACUCGGGCGUUGUCAAUAUUUAUGACGCAAGCAAGCUCGCGCACGGCAAGACGCCCAAGCCGAUCAAGUCGCUCAUGCAGCUCACGACGGGCAUCUCGUCGCUCAAGUUCAACGGCGACUCGCAGAUCCUCGCGAUGGCGUCCCGCGAAACCAAGGACGCGCUCAAGAUGGUGCACAUGCCGUCCGCGACCGUCUUUGGCAACUGGCCGACGGUCAAGACGCCGCUGCACUACAUCUCAGCCCUCGAGUUUUCGCCGAGCAGCGGGUACUUUGCCGUCGCGAACGCGCGCGGCCGCGUCCUCCUCUACCGCAUCAUGCACUACGCGUCGACGUAAACAUUAUUUUGUCGUCGCGAUAUUGGAGACUGCUUUUCACUACUUUAACUACUCCCACAUCUACCUACCCCUAU